AUGUCGGAUUGGGGGAUUAAUGAGUUAGGAAAUUGGGUAUCAAAUAGUAUAAGUCAAUUGAGCGCAAAUAUUACAUCAAAUGUUUCAUCGACCUUGAGCCCAAUAAUUCCAACCGCUGUAGAAGAACCUCCUGCUUCAUCAGUUCUUCCAAAUCCUAAUAAUAAAUUGUUUUUAAAUUUGCAUACUGAGUCAGAUAAUUCGAAUGAUUCAGACGAUUCAGACAAUUCCAUUAUUCUAAAUAAUUCAAACAAUUCAAAAGAUUCAGAUGAUUCAGAUGAUUCAUAUGAUAAUAACUACGAUGCCUAUGAUUAUAAAUUGGGAUAUUAUUUGACACAAGAAGAACGGGAGCAACGAAAACAAAAUUUUAUCCAGCAAAGUAUGGCUUCUAUUCCAGAUGAAUAUGAAGAUAUACUUACUUAUACCCCAUCACAUAGGAAACCUACCACCGCCACACAUAAAAAUAAAAAUGAUGGAACAUGCAAAAAAAAACCACCAACUGUAAAUUAUAGUGCAAGUAGAAAAGGUGAUAAUACACACCGAAGAAGUGAUAAUGCAAAUAGACGAAGUGAAAGUACAAGCAGACAAAGUGAAAGUGCAAAUAGACGAGGUGAAAGUAUGAACAGGCGAAAUGAUAGUGCAAAUAGACGAAGUGAUAGUAUGAACAGGCGAAAUGAUAGUGCAAAUAGACGAAGUGAUAGUGCAAAUAGACGAGGUGGAAGUACAAGUAAGAAAAGUGACAAAGGUAAAGCACCAAAAAAAAAUACUGAAGAAUUUCAAGAAGGUAAUAAUUUUUUGAACAAUUUGGGAUUAAAUUCUUUAUUUUCUUAUGGAGAUACAUCAGCACAUUGCAAUGAAUACAAAACAGGUUAUAAUUUAGAUCUUGAAGCUCAAAGGAUGUUGCAUGAUAGUUUGACAUAUGAUGCAUAUUUAAAACAAAAUAAAAAAGGAAAUGGUUCUUCGACCCCACGUAACUUAUUCCAAAGAGGUCAGAGUCGACAAAGAGAUAAUGAUAUGCGUAUAUGUGUUGAUACUACAUAUUAUGAUAUAUUAGAAGUAAAUCCAAAUGCAACACAAAAAACAAUAAAAAUGAACUAUUAUAAAUUAGCAUUAAGAUAUCAUCCAGAUAAAAACCCUAAUGAUGAUGAAGCAAAAUUAAAAUUUCAAAAAAUAAAUGAAGCAUAUCAAGUAUUAAGUGAUGAAGAAAAAAGAGAGGAAUAUGAUCAAUAUGGUCUUAAUGCAACUAAUGGAAUGUUUAUGUUAGAUCCUUCUGUGCUAUUUGUUUUAUUAUAUAGCUCUGAAGAAUUAAAAGACUAUAUAGGUACUUUAAGAAUAGCAUAUUAUAUUCAAAUGAUAUAUAACAGUUCAGAAUCUAUUGAAGAUUUACAUGCUGUUCGAAAUAUAAUUAAAAAAGAAAUAGAUUUAGAGCAAAAACAAAGAGAAGUAAAAUUGGCUUUACUUUUACGGGAUAAAUUAAAAUUAUAUAUGGAAGAUGAAACAGCUUGGGCUAGUAAAAUGGAAAAUGAGCUUAAAAGAUCAAUGGGUUCUUAUUUUUCAAGUUCUAUAUUAGAAUCUAUUGGUUGGGUAUAUAAUAAUGUUGCAUCUGCAUAUAUAGCAGAAGUAACAACUUUUGGAGGUGUUGGUGCAGCUUUACCAACUGUUAAGGCAUAUACUAGAUCUUUACAAAAUCGAAUAGGAGUAGCCAGAUCAAUAAUAAGCACAUUUGUAACAAUGCGACAAGUAGCUUCCUAUUAUGAUAAACUAAAUUUAGAAGAAAAAAAAGAAGAAAAGGAAAAAAAAAAAAGAAAAGAAAACGACGAAGAAGAUGAUAAAGAAGAUAAUGAAGAAGAAAAAGAAAAAGUUGAAGAUCCUGGAGAAGGACCAAGUACGGCCCAAAAUGCAGAAAAUAAAGAAUUAGAUCCAAAUGAUUUUGAAGGAACUGGUGAUAUAAAUUUUGGAUUUAACAUCUCUGAUUUUCUUUUUGGAGGAAGUGAUACGAGUUUAAAUAGUACAGAUAAAACUAAAAAAGAGUCAAAAGACCCUGAAAAAAAAAGAUUAGAAAAAGAAGCUUUAAGAGAACAAUAUCAAACAAGAACAUUUGGUACAAUAAUAAAAAAUAUACUUUCACUUGUUUUAUGGGAUAUAGAAUCAACAACUAAAGAAGUAGCACAAAAGUUAGUACGUGAUGAAGGUGUAGAUAUUAAUACUCGAUUAAAAAGAGCAUAUGCUUUGAAACAGUUAGGAGAUAUAAUGACAAAUUUAUCAAAAACAGAAAAAGAUUUAUUUGAUGUUAGUAAUUUGGAUAUUAGCCAACUAUUUGAUGAUCUUAUUUUAAAGGCAGCCAAAAAAGCAGAAGAAGAAGAGGCAUCCGGUGAAAGGCAGAAAAUUGAUAGAGAUCGAAAAUUUAGUGGUCUAAAAUUUAACAAAAAUAAUUCAUGGUUUGACUAA